GACGCGCGCACUGCUGUCCAGGUUGUUGGCGGGCUCGUGGAGGCCGUGGGAGUGUCUUCCCGCGGGAUCUAGGUCGUGGCCUCGGCGCCACCGCAGGUACUCAGAAGCGCGCUGCUCCCCGCUGCCUGGCGGCGCUUUCAUUUCCCCCCGCAGUAGCAGGAGAGUGCAGCGAUGGCGGCCCCCGCGCAGCCCAAGAAGAUCGUGGCGCCCACGGUGUCCCAGAUCAACGCGGAGUUCGUGACACAGUUGGCGUGCAAGUACUGGGCUCCUCACAUCAAGAAAAAGUCACCUUUUGAUAUAAAGACUUUUAAGAAGAAGCCAGACUACUUCCCAUUCUUUUUUAAGUGUAUCCUGACAGCAGCGCUGGCUGACACUGACGGUGAAUUUUCCCUCCAUGAACAGACAGUCCUGCUGCUUUUUCUUGAUCAUUGCUUCAACAGUUUGGAAGUAGACUUGAUACGAAGUCAAGUGCAGCAGCUUAUCUCCCUCCCCAUGUGGAUGGGCUUACAGGCUGCACGAUUGGAAUUAGAAUUAAAAAAGACACCCAAGCUAAGGAAAUUCUGGAACUUGAUUAAAAAGAACGAUGAAAAGAUGGACCCAGAAGCCAGAGAACAGGCCUAUCAAGAGAGAAGAUUUCUUUCACAACUCAUCCAGAAGUUUAUCUCUGUGCUGAAAUCAGUCCCACUUUCUGAACCUGUCACUAUGGACAAAGUUCAUUACUGUGAGAGAUUCAUUGAACUUAUGAUUGACCUAGAGGCCCUGCUCCCCACAAGAAGGUGGUUUAACACCAUCCUGGAUGACUCCCACCUUUUGGUUCACUGUUACCUUUCCAACCUUGUUCAUAGGGAAGAAGAUGGCCAUCUUUUUUCCCAGCUUUUGGACAUGCUUAAGUUCUAUACUGGUUUUGAAAUUAAUGAUCAAACUGGGAAUGCCCUGACAGAGAACGAGAUGACCACAAUUCACUAUGACAGAAUUACUUCUUUACAGAGAGCUGCUUUUGCACAUUUCCCUGAACUCUAUGAUUUUGCCCUUUCAAAUGUUGCAGAGGUAGACACUCGAGAAUCGCUGGUCAAGUUUUUUGGACCUCUUAGUUCAAACACACUCCAUGAGGUGGCAUCAUACCUCUGCUUGUUGCCUACCCUUCCUAAAAAUGAAGACACAACUUUUGAUAAAGAAUUUCUUCUAGAAUUGCUGGUAUCUCGUCACGAACGUCGCAUUUCUCAGAUUCAGCAGUUGAAUCAGAUGCCUUUGUAUCCCACUGAGAAAAUUAUAUGGGAUGAAAAUAUUGUCCCAACUGAGUACUAUUCUGGAGAAGGUUGUCUUGCUCUUCCCAAGUUAAAUCUGCAGUUUCUAACUCUUCAUGACUACCUCCUAAGGAAUUUUAACCUCUUUCGCCUAGAAUCAACUUAUGAGAUUAGGCAAGACAUCGAGGACAGCGUCAGCAGAAUGAAGCCAUGGCAGUCUGAGUAUGGCGGUGUUGUGUUUGGUGGCUGGGCACGGAUGGCCCAGCCCAUUGUGGCUUUCACUGUAGUGGAGGUUGCCAAACCCAACAUAGGUGAAAACUGGCCAACCCGAGUUCGUGCAGAUGUGACCAUCAAUCUGAAUGUCAGAGAUCACAUCAAAGAUGAAUGGGAAGGUCUUCGUAAACAUGAUGUAUGCUUUUUGAUUACUGUGCGUCCCACAAAACCAUAUGGUACUAAAUUUGACCGCAGGAGACCUUUUAUUGAGCAGGUCGGCUUGGUUUAUGUCAGAGGCUGUGAAAUCCAGGGCAUGCUGGAUGAUAAAGGGCGUGUCAUUGAGGAUGGACCUGAGCCCAGACCUAAUCUUCGAGGAGAAUCAAGGACAUUUCGAGUGUUUUUGGAUCCAAACCAGUAUCAGCAGGAUAUGACCAAUACUAUCCAAAGUGGAGCAGAAGAUGUGUAUGACACUUUCAAUAUAAUAAUGAGGAGAAAACCAAAAGAAAAUAACUUCAAGGCUGUGCUGGAGACUAUUCGGAACCUGAUGAAUACCGAUUGUGUGGUACCUGACUGGCUGCAUGAUAUUAUUUUAGGUUAUGGAGACCCAAGCAGUGCCCAUUAUUCAAAAAUGCCCAAUCAGAUUGCCACCCUUGAUUUCAAUGAUACAUUUCUCUCCAUUGAGCAUUUAAAGGCCAGCUUUCCUGGUCAUAAUGUUAAAGUAACUGUGGAUGACCCAGCUCUACAGAUACCCCCUUUCAGGAUUACCUUUCCAGUAAGAAGCGGAAAGGGAACGAAAAGGAAAGAUGCAGAUAGUGCUGAUGAGGACCCUGAAGAGGCGAAGACUUUAAUUGUGGAACCUCAUGUUAUUCCUAACAGGGGUCCUUACCCUUAUAGCCAACCCAAACGUAAUACAAUUCAGUUCACUCAUACACAGAUAGAAGCCAUCCGUGCUGGGAUGCAGCCUGGGCUAACUAUGGUUGUGGGCCCACCUGGUACAGGAAAAACAGAUGUGGCAGUCCAAAUCAUAUCCAACAUCUACCACAAUUUCCCGGAACAGAGGACUCUUAUUGUUACUCAUUCCAAUCAGGAAUUCAGAGCCUCUGAACUACUUCGAAGUGGACUGGACCGAUCUAAGUACCUUUUGGUGAAAGAAGCGAAGAUCAUUGCUAUGACCUGCACUCAUGCUGCCUUAAAACGACAUGACUUGGUCAAGUUAGGUUUCAAGUAUGACAACAUUUUAAUGGAAGAGGCUGCUCAAAUUCUGGAGAUAGAAACUUUUAUACCUCUCCUUCUACAGAAUCCUCAAGAUGGAUUUAGCCGGCUGAAGCGAUGGAUUAUGAUUGGUGAUCACCACCAGUUACCACCGGUCAUUAAGAACAUGGCUUUUCAGAAAUAUUCGAACAUGGAGCAGUCUCUCUUCACUCGCUUUGUCCGUGUUGGAGUUCCUACUGUGGAUCUUGAUGCUCAGGGUAGAGCCAGAGCAAGCUUGUGUAACCUCUACAACUGGCGGUACAAGAACCUUGGAAACUUACCCCAUGUGCAACUCUUGCCAGAGUUCAGCACGGCAAAUGCCGGCUUGCUGUAUGACUUCCAACUCAUCAAUGUGGAAGAUUUUCAGGGAGUGGGAGAAUCUGAACCUAAUCCUUACUUUUAUCAGAAUCUUGGAGAGGCAGAAUAUGUAGUAGCACUUUUUAUGUAUAUGUGCUUACUUGGUUACCCUGCGGACAAAAUUAGUAUUCUAACAACAUACAAUGGGCAAAAGCAUCUUAUUCGUGACAUCAUCAAUAGACGAUGUGGGAAUAAUCCAUUAAUUGGAAGGCCAAAUAAGGUGACAACUGUUGAUAGAUUUCAAGGUCAACAGAAUGACUAUAUUCUUCUUUCUCUAGUACGAACAAGAGCAGUGGGUCAUCUGAGGGAUGUUCGUCGCUUAGUGGUGGCCAUGUCUAGAGCUAGACUUGGACUCUAUAUCUUCGCUAGAGUGUCCCUCUUCCAAAACUGUUUUGAAUUGACUCCAGCUUUCAGCCAACUCACGGCUCGUCCACUUCAUUUGCAUAUAAUUCCAGCAGAACCUUUCCCAACCACUAGAAAGAAUGGUGAAAGACCAUCUCAAGAAGUACAGAUAGUGAAGAACAUGCCCCAGAUGGCGAACUAUGUGUAUAACAUGUACCUGCAUUUCAUACGGACCACACAUCACUAUCACCAGACUUUCUUACAACUACCACCCGCUAUGGUAGAAGAAGGGGAGGAAAUUCCAAGCCAAGAAACAGAACUAGAAACAGAAGAAGACGCCAUGGCUGCUCAAGAUGACAUCAUACCCAGUCCAGCAGAUGCCCGCUGCAGUCAGGAGAUCCCAGCCUCUCAGCCUGACACCGCCUCUGGGCAGGCUAAGGCUGCCCUUGAUCAGACUGAGAUGACCCCUAGCCCAUCAGAGGUCACCCCUACUGUGUGUGAGAUGACUGCAACGUCAGCAGGUCCUGCUGCUGCACAGGCAGAGGCUGCCACCCCUCAAGAUACCACACCCACCCUAGAAGAGACCGAGUAGCCAAACUGCAGCCUUCCUGGGAGGCCAUUUCACUCAUACAGUUACUACUUUAUAGUUUACAUUUGCUCCUACUGUUUAAAAGGCACUAACUGAUGUUCAGUCCUUUUGUUAACUGGUUUUGUUAUGUAUAGUUCUUGUACAUAUCUUUAAAAAUUGUAUAUGGACAACUCUUCUUUUUCAUUUGUUAAGUCCGGCAAAU